GGUAUCCUUUCGUGUCAGUUCAGUUGUAGUUAAUCGAUCGCCUGUCUGCUUGCAGCAGCUAAAACUUUAGAGAUGGCAGAGAAAGACAUACAGUACUAUGAAACACAAGAAGAUAAAACAAAAUGGCAAAGUACAAAAGAAUUUAUAUGGAAUCCUCGAACACGACAGUUUUGUGGAAGAACGGGAAUUAGUUGGGCUAAGAUUAUAAUCUUCUACAUCAUCUACUAUGCGUGCUUAGUAGCAUUUUGGACUGUAAUGUUGCUGGUAUUUUAUGUUACUGUGGACUCCAAUCAUCCAAAGUGGAAGCUUGAUUCAAGCAAAAUUGGGAGUAGCCCAGGUGUAAGUUACAGACCAAGUCCGCCGGAAAAGAACGUAGACAGUACUCUCAUAUGGUUUCGUCGUGGAAAUGCAAGUGAAUCAAAAUACUGGAGUGACUCUCUCAAAGAUUUCUUAGAACCUUAUCAGGUAGAAGAAGGUUUGAAAGAAUGUGACUUUGGAAGCACUCGGAAACCUGAAGAAUCAUGCAGAUUUAAUUUGAAUUCAAUCGAUAACUCAUGUAGCAGCUCACAAAACUUUGGCUAUGACAUGGGUCAUCCAUGUGUUCUGAUCAAGCUUAAUCGGAUAUUUGAUUGGGAACCAAAGCCUUAUGACAGUGAUUCUAUUCCACAGAAUAUGCCUGAAAACUUGAAAAAUGAUUAUAAUUCUAGUUAUGUGUACAUUAGUUGUGAAGGAGAAAAUCCAGCUGAUAAAUCAAAUAUUGGACCUAUCAGUUACUACCCCUCCCAAGGCAUUCCAAACUACUAUUUUCCUUUUACCAACCAGCCCAAUUAUCUGACCCCUUUUGUCUUUGUCCACUUCCAGAAUCCCACCAUCAGUGUACUGAUCAACAUUGAGUGUAAAGCCUGGGCUGCUAACAUCAAGUACAAUAAAAAGGAACGACUGGGAAGCGUUCACUUUGAAUUACUGGUGGACUAGCUUCUAGCAAUAUUAAUUAUAUAGCCUAGACAUUUUGAUUUUGCAUAACAUAUUUCUCUCCAAACAAUUUUUUGUUUUAAUUUUCUGAAUUUCAUUCAAACAUUUUUUUUUUGUUGAUUUUUUGUGUUAUAUGUAUAUUUGUAGGUUUCCUCUUUCUUAGAAAAUGUCAUCCAGUAUAUUCACUUUUAAGCAGGAAGAAUUGAACACUUUCUGUUUGUUUGUUUUUUUUAUUAUAAGUUCCUACUGUCAGUUUUAGAAAAAAAUUAAUUGAAAUAGCUCUAGUAUGUGAACAGUUAAUAAACUGCUGGUCUGUUCAUGCUUGAGAAAAGGAACAUCAGAAUUACAUCAUAUCCAAAAAUAAACAGUAGCAAUAAAUCUAAUAAACUGACUUUUUACCAUUUUCUUGUUGCAUUGAAACCAAAUUCCGACAUUGUGUUUAUCUUGUUUUACAGAAUAGUUUACAUAUAGCUAACUGUUAUACAAGUCUUAUUAAAAGCAAAGUAGAAUACAAAUUGUAUAUAGAUUAAAUAAAAUGUAAUUCUGCCGACAUCACUAAAUGUUUGGCACUGGAUAACUAAUUUGUUUUAUUCAUUUUUUUUAAAAGAGAAGAAAGGAAUGGUUUUUAACUAGUAGUUAAUUUUCUGAAUGAUAUUAGUUAUGUAUUGGAAGACUUAUACUUAUAGCUAAAAGUUGUUCUCCGUGUCUAAAAUAUAGAGGUAGAGCAUUUAAAACAUGCUUGCCAUUUUCUUAAAGAAACCAGGAAAUAAUAUAAGGCUUAUAAUACCAUUCCACCAUCUAUGUAUGAUUAAAUAAAAGUGUUAUUUAAAUCUUUCCUCGUAUAGUACAGUACAUGUAUAGUUGUCCAACUUCAGAAAUUAGACUGUAUAAGUAUCAAUCAACUGUUAUAUAUGUGUAUAGUUAGAUAGAUAUAGAUAUGAAUAAGUGUCAAGCUUGUUUCUGUACAGGCAGGAAUUCACUCCCUUUCUAUGGACUCAACGAUAUUACUUAGUAACUUGUUAUUUUUGUGAGGUCAUGUUUUAUAUGAAAAGUAGAUAUUUGGUUUUUGUAUAAGAUUGAAAAAUCAAAGUUAAAUCAGAAACGUACAAUCCAACACAAAGGUCUAUACAUUUAUACCAAUAUUACAUUUGGAAAAUUGUCCUGAAGACUAACUGAAGAAUGGUUGGACCUCUUAAAAAAAAAUGGAAAACUGGGCUAUAGAUUUUUGAUCAUGAUCAUGAUUUUAAUAUCACAUAUGUAAUUGUUUAAAGAUAAAUAAUUUUCGUGUAUUAGUAUCUAGUCUUAUGGAUUUUAUUAAACAUUAUGGUGUUUUAUGUCAGUGUUUCAUCUUAAUUGUUAAUUGUAUAGUUUAAUUGUGUGUGUAGGUAUAACAUUCAAAGAUACAAUCUGCAAAAACAAGUACCAAAAUGACUGUUUAGGUGCUACACAUUACUUCUUAAACUAAGAAAACAAAACUAACAGUGCACAAGUCUAUACAUAUAAGCUAUAUUCUUACAUUAGUUUAAAUAUGUGAAGUUCCACCUCCAAGUCUCUCUUAUAAGAAUUUCCAAGUUAAGUUGAAUUAUCUACAACUGAUCACUAAAUGAUUGAUCUCUUCCUCCAUUCAAGACAGUGAUAAUUUUGUUGUUAAUGAUAAUCAGGUGAAGAUCUUAAAUAACACAUGAUGUUUUUAAACGUAAAUAACUGUCUGCAUUGAUCUUCCAUGAAACACUCAUUCAAAAUGAAUUUUGAGUAUGACAAACCUCUAUUUUCUUUCACCAAAAAUCAUAAUCUGGAGUUGUUCAGUUUUAUGAGCUUAAUGAAGCAAUUACAUUUUUUUAACUUUGGAAUUUUAUACAUUGUCAAACAACUCACAUUAGGUAAGUUAACGAGUUGAGUUUUGAAAUUUAUUAACCCUCAUCAGCCCAAGUCAAUGGGAAUGAAGUGUUAAAUGGGUAUAGUAACAAAAAACAAAUUACACUAGAUAGAUUUCCUUUUCCUAAAAUCUUGUAAUGCUCCACUAAAUGACGUUUCUUGUCAUCCAUCUGGACUAAUGAGAGCUAAUACAACUUGUAACUGCAGCUGCAUGGUUAGGGUAGGUGUUUUGCUACUUAAAGUAAGUUAGUAUGUAUUACUUGUAGCACGUGAUAAGUCAACCAAGUUUUACUGGAGGCCUUACCUUGUGAAAUUGAAUAUAUAAACUACUGAGUAGUAUUACUGGAUGUCAAAAUUUGUAAAACCUCAGCAGUGUUAAUUGUUUUUAGAAGGUAAACUACAAUCACUAGCAACCUUCCCCCUAUUAAAAUCUCCCCAUGGUUGCAGAGCAGUGCUUCUGAGGGCUUAUAAUACAUUGUGUGGCUUUGUGCUUAACAACAAACAAACUCAAUUAAAAAUUGAACUUUUUUAUAAUAUUAACAUCUAUAAUGAUGUAUUUGCUAUAGGAAAUGUAUCUGUUGUUUCAAUAACGUAAUCAGCCAUUUAUAUGUAUUGUUGUUUUAGAUAGGAAGUUUAAUUUGGAAAGGCCAGGUAGAAUAAACAAAUGCAUGAAUAAUAACUUUAUGCCCAGGGAGUUAGCAAUUAAAUUCAGAAAACUUCAGUUAAGACCAGUUUUGUGCUUAUGUUUUAGUUUAUAAAGUCUUGUAAUGCAUUCAACAACUCGCAAAUGCUGAAGAUUAAUGAAGAAAUAUUGGGCUAUAAUUAAAUAUUCAAACUCUAACAUAGUAAGAAAUCAGUGUGUUGCUCUCUUUAUACAUAGAGCAUAAACUUGCAAAAGUGCAGUGGAUGAUUAUAAAUACUGAGCUUUUAUUUUAAAUAGAAACUAAUAAUAUAAAAAAAUAUGCUAUCAUAUUUUACCACUUUUAAAUAUGCAAUCUCAACAUGAGUAUUUUGCAACUCAUCACCUACCUUAACACUCGAUGAUGCUUUCAAUAAACAAUUUAGUAAAGACAACAUUCAUAAAUGUAGUUUUAUCUGUUUUUUCAAGAUGUGAAAUUACAUGAAAACUAAUUUCUGCUUCUCUAUACUGCAACAGUGCAUCAACAGAAAAUACAGUCAUAAUGGAAAGGCUGUAUUAGUACUUUAGAAUACUGAGAGCUUAGAUUGUGCAAAGUUAUGGGUGAAAUGAGCAACUUUAUGAUCUGGAAUAAUAUGUUUACUCUGGAGGUCAUAUAAGCUACAGAUAUAUAUAUAUAUUAAAUUUCCAGGUGUAUUUAUAAAUUGUGAUAUUACAAAAUACUUCUGGAAGUUAUAUGUAUAUUAUACACAACUAGAACAUCUGAUGUACUCAUUUAUUCCUUUCGCUACGACAUAUUUAAAUGUUUUUCGCAGUUAAACUCAGAUUGUAUGGAUUAUAGUUCUGAAAUUUCAAAUGCUGAAUAAAUGUCAUUUUGUAAAACAGUUUCCUUAUUAAUAAAACUUGAAACUAUACCAGGAUCUUUGAUUUAUCCGAAUAAGUGAAUUGCAGUUGCAGAAGUGUUAUUGUAUAUUAAUAUACUAUGCAUAUAUUUGUUCUGUAUAUGUCUAGAUUUCACAUGAUAUGUAGUUGAGAAAGUCGUUAAGUUUAUUUUGUUUUAGCUACCUUUGCUCCUUUGUUAUUCUCGAGUGGAUAAUACCUGUUCUGACUGAGAGAAGAAUAUUGUUGAGAUAUUGCACAUUGUGCUAAGAUGUCGACAGCAGUAUCCUUCAAUGGUCGUUCAGGUGAUAUUUAGAGGUUACGGCCUCACUUAUGUUGUAAUGAGAGCGGCUACUUACAUGAGUAGUGCUAGUCACUCUAGGUAAAUGCAAUAUUUCUUGUGAACUAAGGAACAUUGGAUUUAGUCGUCUGGAACAGGAUCUUGAAAGAGAAACAGUUUAAAGGGAGAAUCUAGAAAAAGCAUCAGACUGUCGUUCCAGAAAACUAGAAUACACACUAUUGUGUUAAGUCUGUUGUAAUAAAGAUUGUGCAUUUUGUAAUUCA